AUUCAUUUGUUUUGUAGUUCAUUACAAUCAACCAGAAAUCCUCUCAUUUUGCUGCUAUUUACUUGUCUAGUUUACCCUCCCUCCCUCCCUCUUCAGAAUUUGGUUCAGAGGAAGUCAUGGAGAGCAUCGAUCAUUUCAGCCAUCAACAUCCUUUGGUGCUUGUGGAUCAAGAGCCGGGUGAUCAGGGAAGUCGAAAAGGUUUUUGUUCUGGAUGCAACCAAGCAGUACUAGAGGGUUAUUGUUAUCGAUGCCGGAAAGUAGCAGAGGGUUAUUGUUCUGGAUGCGAGGAAGAAUUAGAGGGUUCCAGCUACGGUUGUGGUGAGUGUGGGUUUUUCCUUCAUAAGAAAUGUGCUGAGCUACAAACGGAUAUCAUUAAUCACCCCCUCCACUCCGAGCACCCUCUUACUCUUCGUUUGAAUCGUUAUGCUUUUAAUGGAUGCAAUGUUUGCAGUAAAAGUAUUACAUUUUUUUAUCGAUGCGAUUCUUGUGAUUUUGACCUUGACCUUAGAUGUGCUAUGCAUCCUCAAUUUGUUGCUCAAGAGUUUCAAAAGCUUCAACAUUUUAGCCACGAUCAUCCUUUGAUGCUUGUUGAAGAUAUUGAAUUUCAAACCAAAGAAGGAGUCUGCUCAGGAUGUAGGGAACCCAUGUACAAGUCAAGUCCAUUCUACUGUUGUCCCAAUUGCGUAUUUUACCUUCACAAGAAAUGUGCAGAGUUGCCUCUUAAGGUCAAUCACCCUGCCCACCGGAAACACCCUCUAAAGCUUUUGGCUAAACCCCCAGCACAUCGAGAGAAAUGUUCUUGUCAUUUGUGCACCAAGUCUUAUGAGGGAUUUGUUUAUUAUUGUUCUGUUUGUGAGUUUGAUUUCAGAGCUGCGGAUGCUUUUUUGCAUACAAUUACAGCUGAAAUUCAUGAACAUUCGUUGACCCCCUUUUCAGGCACAAUUUCAUUCGUUUGUAAUGCAUGUGGAACUGAUGGAAAUCAUGCUUGCUUUACCUGUGUUGAAUGCAACCUUAUUUUUCAUUCAGAUUGUACUUCACUUCGCCGCACCAUCAAAAUAAUAAGGCAUCCACAUCGACUUUCUCACAUCUAUUUCGUUCAAGAUGAGGAGGAAGCUGGAAAACGUGAAUGCAACAUCUGUCAUGAUGACAUAAAUCUGGGAUAUGGGAGUUACUGCUGUUCAGAUUGCAAAUAUUUUGCUCAUGUAAAUUGUGCAAUUGAUGAAGAUCUUUUGGAAGAUGAAGAGUCCAAACUAUCAGAUGACUUGAUUGCUAUCUCUCCUGCUUUUCAGCAAAUCAAACCUGGAGAGAUAAAGCAUUUCAGCCAUAAACACAACUUAAUAUUGGGUGGUGUGGUUAAGGAUGGCCGAAGUUGUGAAGGUUGCAUGCGUUCUAUCCCUACUUCAUUUUACUCUUGUGCACAAUGUAAUUUCUUUCUCUGUAAGUGCUGUGUUCAUGGGUUACCCAAGAAGGUGCGUCACUGGACUUGCAAGCAUUUAAGAGAACUCUUUUUCUAUUCCAUUUUUCAUUGUCGCUAUUGCUGGUUUUGGAGUAGUGGGUUUGGCUACAAUUGUAAUGCAUGCAACAGGAUUAUGUGCAUUCAGUGUCAUGAAAUUCUCGACACUCGUAUUGUAAAUAUAGAAGGACAGGAGCACUUCCUUUUCUUUGACCACAAAUACGAAGGGAAAUGUAAUGGUUGUGAUGAUUAUCGUUAUCAACGCAGUUUUAGAUGCAAGGACAAGAAAUGCAAUUUUGCGUUGGAUUAUAGAUGCCUUGUGCUGCCAGAAACAGCUCGGUAUAAAUAUGACUAUCAUGCUCUCAAGCUUACUUAUCGUGAUGAUAAUGAUCUAAGUCAAUGUUAUUGUGACAUAUGUGAAAAAACCAGAGAUCCAAAGCUGUGGUUUUAUCAUUGUGCCAAUUGCGAUAUUUCUGCUCAUCCUAAUUGUGUGCUUUGGAAAUCCCCAUUUGUCAAGCUCGGGAAACCAUUCCGGAUUGAUGAUCACGAACACCCUGUCACUUUGGUGAAGAUAGAUUUUUAUCCUCCUAAAUGCAACGAGUGUGGUAAGCCUUGUAGAGAUGAUCUAUCCAUUCAAUGCACAGAGCCAGAUUGCACCUACAUAUUCCAUUGGGACUGCUACCGGGAGCAUAAAUUUCCUUGGGUUCGUACAUUUCCUCGGGUUCUGUGUCUUCUACAUAGAGACUAAAGAGCUGACACUGGUAUUGUUCUUACGAUAUUAAUUAUGUCUCUUAUGAAGGUAGACGAAAAUGAGAUAUAUCUCAUUUGCACUUUAUUUUGUUUUCGACUGAUUUUUUAAGUUUAGUUUGAUCUUCUAGCUGUUUGUUGAUGUGGUCGGACUGUAACUUAUUUGCCUCUACCAAAUAUGUCAUAUGACUAUUGUUUGAAUUUUGAAUGUAUUGCUUUAAAUAGUUGUUUUUACUCAUCAAUAAUUCGGUCGUAUCUGU